UGACAACGACAAGAAGAUGACCUUUUGACUUUGGAAGAUGUUCACUGUUCAGGUUCACGACAAGUGACAAGUUCACGAAUCGAGGAAUGACGUGCUUCGUGCUUGUUUUGAAGAUUUGAUAUAAUGAAUUACACAAUAUUUCAAAAAUAAAUAAUAAGUGAUUACAAAAUGAUAAACUUAGCACAAAUCUGUCGAUGUUCUAUUCGGUCCUCGUCUCGAUUCCUGAUAUCCUAUAAGGCUCCUCUUGUCCCGGCGAGAAAUCUAAUAACGCAACCGAAAUGGAAUACUACAGGAUACAGAUUAGCAGAUAUAUUAAAACAUCGGGGGCUCCUUACAAGGUUCUGUGCAUCUUCACCAAAACAGAAGACGUCUAAGGUGGUUGGAUACUGGUUGCUCGGCUGCAGUGGAAUGGUGUUCACAGCUGUUGUGUUAGGUGGUGUGACACGGCUCACGGAGUCAGGACUGUCGAUGGUGACGUGGCGACUGCUGGGGGAGAAACUGCCGCGCACUGAGGAGGAGUGGCAGAAGGAGUUCAGCACGUACCAGCAGUAUCCGGAAUACAAAUACAAAAACAUGAACAUGACUCUAUCUGAGUUCAAGUGGAUCUGGUGGAUGGAGUACGCUCACCGCAGCUGGGGCCGCGCCAUCGGGGCCGCGGUGUUCCUGCCCUCCGCCGUGUUCUGGCUGCGGGGAUACCUGGACAAGCCCAUGAAGAUCCGCGUGGCCGCCUAUUGCGUCCUGGUGGCCGCUCAGGGUCUGAUGGGCUGGUACAUGGUGAAGUCUGGUCUGGAGGACCGGUUCCAAGGUCCGUCUGAUGUGCCGCGCGUGUCUCAGUACCGGCUGGCGUCCCACCUGGGUCUCGCCUUCAUCCUGUACACGGGGCUGCUGGGCGGAGCAUUGCGGGUGCUACGCCCCUUUCCCCGGAACGCCGUGCUCAGCAAGAUCAAGGAGUUGUCCAAGCUGACGGCCGUCGCUCACACGGUGAAGGCUAUGGCAUUUGUGACGGCGCUAUCAGGUGCGUUCGUGGCGGGUCUGGACGCGGGCUUGGUGUACAACUCGUUCCCCAAGAUGGGCGACCACUGGCUGCCGCCUGAGCUGCUGGCGUUCUCGCCGCGUCUCCGGAACCUGACCGAGAACCCCGUCACGGUGCAGUUCGACCACCGCGUGCUCGGCACCGCCACGCUCCUGGCCGCCUCGCUGGUGCUGCUGCUGUCCAGGAGACACCAGCUCUCGCCCACGGCGCGCCGGGUCGCCACCGCCGUGGGCGCCGUGGCCUGGCUGCAGGUGAGUCUGGGUAUCGCCACACUGCUGAACUACGUGCCCACGUCGCUGGCGGCCGCGCACCAAGCAGGCUCGCUCACUCUGCUCACGAUGGCCGUCUGGCUCACCCACGAGAUCAAGCUGCUCAAGUACAUUCCCAAGUGAUCGUGCCCAGAACCCAUCAUAUUCCUCGACAAUACCCAGCGGCGUGUAUAUCAUAUAGGCAAUUAGGCAGUGACUCGUUAUAAACCUAAAAAAAGUGUGUGUGUGUGUACUUAUGUGUGCACGCAAGAAGUUGUCCCUCUUUGGCCUAACAAAGCAAAACUCCUCAAAAUUAUUUACUCCUCGUGCUAUUCUACGUUUGUAUAAAGAACAAUAUUGUAAAAAUCGUGCAACGAUUGCUUAGACAAUUAAUUAUUAAAUAAAAAAUACGGCUUUACGGGCUUACCUUUGCUUAUCCUAAUAAUGGACGAAAAAACCAAAAAAACAACGAAUGUCGCAAACGUCAGAAAGUUUUAGGAACCAACUUCAAUCUGUUCCUUUUGUGUUACAGUGAUGCGCGCGCAUCUUAAAAUUUUACUCUAAUCAUUUUUUUCAUAACGUGCCUAAAGAAGUAUAACUUCAAUAAAUAUAGCACCAGUAUUAAAGUUAAUUUACUACCUACGGUAGGCAAUCUACAGAUUGCGUAUACGAAGUAAGCAGCGUUUCAUACAACUUAUGUCGUACUGUCGGAGUAAACCGCAUCUACGACUAGUUAGAUCUAGUGCCUAAUAUAAAAUCAAUGCACGCUCUUGACAAUACCACCUUGAUACAAUCACACCAGAGAGGUAGACACAGAUACCGGACCUCCAUUAGCCACGGUUCUUCUAAAACUUCUUCAAUUUGUUGUUUUAAAGUGGUAUCCCUCAGUUCUAGGAUUAAUUAUACAAAUUACAUUUGUAUACAAAAUUUAUGAACAAUGCGGGAUCGAACCCGCGAGUCUCAGGUUCCGUCCGAGCGCUGUUACCAACUGAGCCAACCGUUCGUGUGACGCAUGGAUCAUAAAUCUUGGUCUGGCGCACCCCAGUAUCAGCUCGAUCCAUUUGACCGCGUGUAGCUCGAAUUGUCGGAGACCCUGUGCUCUGUGAACGGCUGGAUAACUUAGCGUUGCGUAGAGACGUCGCUUCAUUGUGUAAGCAUUUAUCACGGGGUGUUCUGAAGAGCUGUUUCACCUGAUUCCUGCCGCCGAAUUCCACUUUCGUACGACACGCCACAAGUUAGGAUAUCAUCCCCACCAUCUGAAUGUGUGGCGGUCCUCCACAGUGCGGUUUUCAAGAAGCUUUCUUUCACAUACUACAAAGCUGUGGAAUGACCUUCCUUGUGCGGUGUUUCCGGGACGAACGACGUACUUACCUUGAAUCUUAAAAAAAACCGCGUACACCUUAAAGGCCGGCAACGCUCCUGUGAUUCGUCGUGUUGCAAGAGAAUGUGGGUGGCGGUGAUCACUUAACACCAGGUGACCCGUACUCUCGUUUGACCACCUUUUCCAUAAAAAAAAUCUUGGUAUGUCUUGUCCAAUCUCAGGUUGUGGCUCCAGUUGGUAAGAGCGCUCGGACGGAACCCGAGAGGACGCGGGUUCGAGUCCCGCAUCGCACAUUAAUUAUGGUUACAAAUUUAAUUUGCACAGUUCUACCACUAGCAUGAGACAUUUCAUUCAAUCUCUUCUUUCUUUCUAAUCCUUUAGUAGAUCCCAGUCCUAACUGUGGAAUAUUCCCUUCACAUUUGUCCGAUAACUUUGUGCAAUCUCUUUCUACCAUCCUUUAAAUAACAACUCUCCAAAUUCUCUAUCUGUCUGUAAAUUAAAUCCACACAUACUAUGCAAAGCUCUCAUUUUUAUCGCAUCUAUUCUGCUUCAUCGUCGUCACAUUCACUACAAUAAAAGUUGGAAUCACUUACCCCCUUAUUCAUAAUGGUCCGCUUACUUUAAACAGCCGCUUAGGAGUAUUUUUUCUCAUUCUGACUUAGUUCAAUAGAAGAAGACAGAGUGAGAAUUAGCAAUGCUUUAAGUUAGCAGACUAUUAUGAAUAAGGGGGUUUGCCUCAACAGCCAGACUAGCCUUCUCCAAGUUCUAGCUAAACGUUUAAGUUAUCUGGGUUACCUACAUCCAGUAUCCCGUUAUUGUCAACUGUGACAAGUGAACCUUCCAUAUCUACUAAACAAAUUACCAAAAUAUUCGAAAUCUUUUACUUGUUCUACCGUCUCAUCAUCAAUAAUUUAUUAAACAUAAAGCUACGUUUGACAGUCAUUGGUGCGCUAUGAGUGCCAUGUUUUGUGACUUGAAAAUUAUUGUUUAUCGAUAAAGAUAAUCCAUAAACAAGAAUAUUUUUUUACCUUCUUCUUCGCAAUAUUUUUGCCCAUUACAAUUUAGUGCCCUCAGGAUUCCAUAUAAAGCAUUUAUUAUUUACUUUAUUCAAGGAAAUAUGAGAAAAAUAAAAUAAUACGAAGUAAUCUCUGCAGAUGACUUCAGACCCACGCCCCAAUCUAAAGUACCAUAAACAUACUCCAUGUUAUAUAUCAUAACGUCGUAUGACCGAAUAUAGCACUCCUAUUUAAAAUUGAAGUAGACUCCCUCACCCUGUUGUGGGCUUAGGUGCUACCUCCACAAGCGUUGCCCCGUCAAUUGUCAAUAAUUGUAACGACGCCAUUUUCUUGACCGCGUCGACUCGUGAUAUUGUUUUCUUUUUUUGUUGGUGGGUUUUAUAGAGGUUGCCAAGCACGCUCGCUCUCGUAUCGUCGCUAUAAUAUAUAUAUAUAUCGCAAUGUGGAAGCACUAUUUGCAUUUAUAGAAAUAUGACACAACAAUAAUAUCACUCGCUCGUGGAGGUGGCGCUUAAGGGUUGCAAAACAAAAAAAUACUUGCCAAGUCAGUCAUCAAUGGACAAUGGCAGGGUUCACUUGAUGGUAGGUGAUUAACAUCAAUAAUGCACCACCGACCUAGUUUAACUUCGACACUAGUCAAUCAAACCGAUUUGAUCCCUGGACCUGAAGUUAUUAUCUUUGGACCUGCCAUCAGAUAGGGCUUAGAUUCGGUGUACACAAGCAUUAAAAUAAGAGAUGCUAUGUAAAUAAAACCGUAUUAUAUUUAUAUAUAAGUAUGAUUGUAGAUUUGUUAGUUAAAAUGUGAGGGAUGUUUAGAUUUAAGAUCUUUUUGUUAGUAAAAAUGGUCAAAAUAAAACUUUGAAGUUAACUAAA